GUUUGCUCGCGGAUGGCUUCAAUUCUCGAGAAAUUGUCCACCCUUCGUACAAUAAUUCGACAGAAUGGAGGUCUUUAUGGAACGGAUGAGCUUAAGUGGGGAAAACAUGUGGGAACUGACUAUCUGGGUAACAAAUACUAUGAAAAUAACAAAUACUUCAUGGGGAGAAACCGUUGGGUUAUUUAUGGAAACCGCUUCGGCUGGGAUUAUGAGGGUUCUCAAGUUCCACCUGAGUGGCACCGUUGGCUUCAUCACAUGACCGACGAAACACCAGUUGAUAAACCACCAGACAAGAAAAAUUGGACAUUGCCUCAUUCUGAGAACACAACUCUAGAUGCGACUAAGAAGUACAUCCCGUAUUCGACUACACGUCCAAAAGUUGAGCCAUGGAAACCAACUUGA